ACCCCCUCCAGGGAUGAUGAAAGAUAGACACGGUCCACCGCCGCCUCAUCACCCGCGUGACGGUCGCGGUUAUGGUCCAGAGGGUUACGGGGGGGAGGGAUUCGCACCCCCACCUCCCAUGCAUCACCCCCCCAUGCCGCCACAGAACCAGGUGAGAUAUGAAGGUGGUCCCCCACAACAAGGCGCCGUCAUGAUGGUCUACGGCCUGGAUCCUAACACCGUGAACGCGGACAGGCUUUUUAACCUAUGCUGUCUAUACGGCAACGUUGUCAGAAUAAAGUUCCUCAAAACCAAGGAAGGUACCGCGAUGGUUCAGAUGGGUGACGGUGUCUCCGUAGAGAGAUGUGUUCAGAACCUCAACAACGUCACCGUUGGCGACUACACCCUAACACUCGCUUUCUCAAAACAAGCAUACCUGUCUGAAGUAAUGAACCCAUACCCUCUGCCGGAUAAGAGUCCGUCGUUCAAGGACUACGUGGGCAACAAGAACAAUCGCUUCCUGACGGCCGCCUCUAUACACAAGAACAGGAUACAGCCUCCGUCCAAGGUGUUACACUUCUUCAACACGCCCCCCGACGUGUCUGACGAACAACUGCUGCAGGUGUUCCAGGACUACGGCGUCACGCCCCCGCAUACCAUCUCUAAGUUCCCGCUCAAGAGCGAGAGAUCGUCAUCCGGUUUAAUGGAAUUCCAGAACAUAUCACAAUCGGUGAUGGCCAUAAUGGCGUGCAACCACGCGACCAUACAACACCCUGGCGCAAAAUUCCCGUUCGUAAUGAAGCUCUGCUUUUCAUCGUCGAGGCAGAUAGGUCAGGGUAAGGGGCAAACUCCGAGCAAGAAUCAAAAUCAUCAAAACCAGGAAAAUCGACAGGACAACGGUCUCGAUCAGGAUUACUACUAAUGGCGAUUUGGCAGCGAACACACAGACACACAUAUCAAGACGGACGGCACACUGACACACACACCACAUCGAGUGAAGGGGGGAGAGUCGUGGGGAUUGCCAUUGCAAAAAAUAACCAAAAUACAUUUUUUAUCCACAUUAGGGGUUGUCGAUUAAUCACUUGAGGUUCAAAAAGGGGGGAAGGGGUUUCGAUAAUAAUUACGAAAUAUGAUAAGGAGAAGGCUAUAAAUGAGAUAUCACAUGUAUUUAUUUUUCGUUGAAUUUCUAAAUCAAAGGAAAAACUACCAACAAAUACCCUGCAGUUUGUUACAGUCUAUUCGGAACUUUGUAUCGCGAUGUUUAGUUUUAUAAAAUACAAUCAAAUUAUUACAAUAUUUAAAAAUAUUAUUUUAAUAACUUCAAUAUACUUUGGACUAAAAAAUACGAAUGAUUUUUCGGUAGUCUAAAUCUCACUAACUUUCACUUAGGGAGGGUGUAGGGGUUUUUGGAUUAAAAAGUUGCUAAAAAACAUCACGUGAUUAAUGGACGACUCCUUACAAUAACGACUGACGUAAUUUAGCAAUGGCAACAUUUAAUAAUUCCUUUAUAUUAUAAUUUGUGAUCUUGUUCACUCAUAAAGACAUUAACAGAUAGAUAUAAUUAUAGACACUGUAACAAAUUUGUUUCAAAUAACACAUUUUUUACAUUUCCAUGGUAUAUAUAACUUUUUUUUUUCUUAUUUUUUCUUUUGGGGUUACCCAUUGAAUGCGUACGCAUUUUUUUAAUUGUUUGAUUAGUUCGUUUAAGCAUUAUUCCCAUUAAUUAAUUAGAUCUUAGUUAAAAUCGUUUAACGGUAUCAAUUUCAAAAUAAACUCUAUUUUCAAAAUAAGCUUUGUUCUUUUACUUUCAAUUUAAAGCUUUUUAUUGAUUUUUUAUCAUUAUUUUGGCGUAUUUGAAAAUGGUACCGCUAUGUAAAACGAUGUUAGAAUUUAUUAAUUUGUGAUUUCGUAGAGCGCAAAGACGUAUAGAGAUGUAGAUUUUUUUUGUUCUUUCGUGUAAUAAAAAAAUUUCUUUA